AUGGCCGAUUCCAGGAGGUCGUCGCUGGCGUCCGAUGCGUUUGAGCAAGUGCGCCAGAGGUCUUCGCAAACGCCGUCCCAGCGGGACAUCGAGGCUGAGCGGCUCUGGUGGUCGGAGGCGGUGUUGGGGGCGAUCCAGAAGAUGCUGGCGGAGCAGACGGGGCAGCUGCAGGCCAGCGUGGCGGAGGAGGCUCAGAAGCAACACGCGAUGACGGCGCAGGUGCAGAGGCUGCUGGCGGAACACAUGCGGCAGCUGAGGGGCUGCGUCGAGGAGGAGGUCCAGAAGCACACGCGGGAGCUGCAGGCCCCCCUCGCGGCGCUGGCCUCUGUGGGGCGCGCCGCGCCCACCCCGGGGGGGCAGCAGGACCACGAAGCCGCGCCGCGAGGCCGCCUGGAGGAGCUGCUGGAGCGCGAGGCGGAAGAGCGGCGCGCGGGGGAGACAGGCCUGCGCGAGAUGGUCCAGCAGCAGGGGGGGGCCCUGGCCCGGAUCGAGGCGCUCUUCGAGCCGCCCAGCGAUGCCAGCGCGCCAGGGACUCCGCCGCCAGAGUUGGAGACCGCCAUGGAUGGCGACUCAGUCGAGACCAGAGACCCGUUCGGAAUGGCGACUUUGUCUGCUUCGCUCACUUGCCGUUUCCAUGAAGACCGUUCUUGUCGCGCCAUCUGCGAGGGCGUGUGCAAGAGUCGCAGCUUCGUUGUGUGCACCGCGUGCGUGAUUGUAGCAAAUUGCGUGUACCUAGGGUUUGAGGCGAACGCGAUCAUGACCUCUCCCAGCCUCGAGUUGCCAGAACAUAUCUCAUGGCGACUCGCCAACUUGUUCUUUGCCUUGGCGUUUCUGGCUGAACUUUCGGUUCGCUUCAUCGCCAGCGGUGCCAACUUCCUGGUAGCCCGUCGUCGGUCUGUUCUCUGGAAUUGGUUGGACACGUUGCUUAUCCUGUCCGCUGUUGCCGAGGAGAUGCUCAGAUAUCUCUCUGUAGACGUGAUAACCUUUGGUUUCCUGCGUCUGACUCGCCUUCUCAGGGUGACUCGGAUGAUGCGCGCGUUCAGGGUAGUCCGCGAAUUUAAGGAGUUGAAGAUAAUGGUUACCGGGCUUGUAAAUUGCGCGAGGCCCCUUUUCUGGGCUGGGGUGCUGCUGUUGGGUUUGACUUACAUGAUGGGGAUUCUCAUAGCUCAGCUCAUCACUGAGUACUUGCGUUCAAUCCAAGAUAAGGAACUCGAUGAAGAGAACCUGAAGGCGAUUAAUUACAUCGCACAGCACUUCUCGAACUUAUGGGAGAGCAUGUACUCGCUAUUCGAGGCCCUCACAGGUGGGCGGGACUGGGGUGAUAUUGCAGGUCCAUUCAGGCAGAUACACUGGAUAUUGGUGUGCUGUCUUGUUCUGUAUAUUGUCGUCGGGGUUUUCUGCAUUCUCAAUCUGUUGACCGCUGUCUUCUUUGAGGCAGCAAAUCGGGUAGACGACGUGCAGGAGCUCGUCUACAAAAAGAGGGAUUGGGUGGCCGAGACCAGCGAAUUCUUCCUGAAUGCUAUAAAGAACAUCCCCCACACGCCGCACACGUCUGCCUCUCUGGACUCACCGGAUGGAAGCCCCAGGAUCACGGAGGAUGCUUUCAUCAAGUUGCUGAGCAGUCAGAAGAACGUGAAGUUCUUGGAGGAAUACGGGGUGGACCUUUUUUUUAGAGGCCGCAAUGGCUUGAGGGAAUUAUUCCACAUCAUGGACGAGGAUGGCAGCGGCACCCUCGACGUGAACGAAUUUGUAGCUUGCCUCUACAAUCUCAAGGGCACUGCCACCUCUCUGGACCUGAAGCUGGAGAAUCAGAAGCUGUCGCGACUGGUCCGCUCGCUGCACGAGCAGCUGCAGGUCACGCAGAUCGUGCAGCCGCUGCGAUGGACCCCUGGCAGCCCUUCCCCAUCGCUGUCAACGCGUGCAAGCUUGAGGGCACGCACCAGCAAGAACUCCAAACAGGCAGAUACGCCUCGCCAGGGUGGCUAAAAUUCGACCCGCGUGCCUCUGCAUGCCGUGGCCCCGGCCCCCGGCCGCUGCUCUUCGGACAUCCCGGACCGUUUCCGAGCAAGCAGCGCGCGGCGCGAGACCGCAGCCGGGCACGGGGAGAUCGGACGUCCGAGCGGUGGCCAGGCGAGAGGAGCAGGAGGCUGCAGACCCGACCUGUCGGGCUGCUGCCCUGCGUGGGGGGGGGGCUCUCCGCUUCGUGCACUCGAGCUCUGCCUUCGCCUUCGGCCGUGAUGCACUUCGGCGCUCCUGCGGGCCAGCUCGCCCUGAGCGGGUUUGGACAGAGCAGGGCCGCUCUCUACCGUUCUCAAAAUUCUGGACGCUUCGCGGUUCCCCACCAGCCCAUCCAGAAGAAGAUCGCUGGCGAUCUGGUAUCAAUGCCCCGGCACUGCUUCGACAGCCAGAGCAUGUUGCACAAUCUAGGUGGAGCAGAUCUAUUUGGUGGCCGGGAAUUACUUCAAACAAGCUCCCAAGAGGGCCCAAAGAGGCUAACAUCGCUGUCUUGCGUUGGGUUGAUCAUUGAGGCUCUCCAGAGCGAGCAGUGCAGUACUGCCAUUUUGAUGCUUGGAUUUUGCUGCCGUGUUUGGUGAGACGAGUGGGUCGUUCCACAGCGAUGCGGGUUCAAUGAGCCGACGGUCGUUGCUGCGGGAUCCAAGGCGGCCACAUUCUUCACAGCGAUGCUGGCUCAAUGAGCCAGCAAUCGUGGCUGCGAGCACGACGGCAGGGACGCUGCCAUCGGUGAUGACAGGAGCAGGGAAGCACCCGAAGAG